UUGUGAGGUAAGCAGAGCAGUGCAGCAUAGCCGGGCACCAUCCAGACACCAACAAAAGCAACCAGACAUAACAUCUGUCAGCCUCCUUGGCCUACCCCUUUGCUCAGGAAAUUCAUCAGUUACACAGCAGCCAGUGAAAGUUGAAAAAUGGACCCUCAGAAAUGCUAGAGCUACAAUGAGAAAAAUUAUAUCUCAGUGCUUAAUACGCUCAUCCUUGAUACUUGAGAUAGUGGGAGCUCUGAUAUUCAUAUAUUUUUGCCAUUAUGUGAACAACAACAAGCAGAAGACAAUUCAGAUACCAACAUCAGUUUGGUCUCUUAGAAAAAAUGUUUCUCAGCAAAUUAGGUAUCACUUAAGGCAAAAUGAUGAGAUGUUGGAAGAAAUUGAAAUCAGAAAACCAAGGUCGUUUCCUAUGCCAAAUGGCAGUCAUAUGCAUUCAGAAUCAGAAUUCAUCCUUGGAUUUACAAAUUAUGGAUUAAACAUCAUGACCAGUAGAAACGUGGGCAUCAAGAGAGAAGUGCCAGACACCAGGAAUAAAAUGUGUCGUCGAAAAGUGUAUCCAGCCAAUCUACCUUCUGCAAGCAUUAUUAUUUGUUUCCACAAUGAAGAAAUUAACGCCUUGUUUCGGACAUUGUACAGUGUUAUCAAUCUCUCUCCAUCUCAUCUCCUUGAAGAAAUCAUUUUGGUGGAUGACAUGAGUGAAUUUGAUGAUUUAAAAGAAGAGCUAGACCGUAGGCUGGAAGAUUUUCGGGGAGUGCUAAAGUUAAUAAGAAGCAAAAGAAGAGAGGGACUCAUUCGAGCAAGGUUGCUUGGAGCAGCUCACGCUUCCGGGGAUGUUCUAGUGUUCCUGGACAGCCACUGUGAGGUGAACAGAGGCUGGCUGGAGCCCCUGCUGUCUGUCAUUGCCAAGGACUCAAGCACGGUGGUGUGCCCUGUAAUAGACGUUAUUGAUGAAUUCACCAUGGAAUAUAAGCCCUCUCCCAUUGUGAGGGGGGCUUUUGACUGGGCGCUGAAAUUUAAGUGGGACAAAGUUUUCUCUUAUGAGAUGGAUGGCCCAGAAGGACCUACUAGCCCAAUCCGAUCACCUGCCAUGGCUGGAGGAAUUUUUGCUAUAGAUAGACGCUAUUUUAAAAAAAUUGGACAAUACGACAAGGACAUGAAUCUUUGGGGAGGAGAAAAUUUGGAAAUUUCAUUAAGGAUCUGGAUGUGUGGAGGCCAGCUGCUUAUACUCCCCUGCUCUCGAGUAGGACACAUCAACAGGAAGACUAUUAAAAACAACAUGACCCUCAUUCAAGCCAUCUCGCGAAACUACCUGAGGCUGGUGCACACCUGGCUGGAUGAGUACAAGGAGGAGGUUUUUCUUCGCAGACCUGGAUUACGAACAAUGUCCUUUGGAAACAUUAGCGAGCGCAUUGAAUUAAAGAAGCGACUGGGCUGCAAGUCAUUUCAGUGGUAUCUGGAUACGGUCUUCCCAGAAUUGGAGGCAUCUGUAGGCAAAAUGAAAGAAAAAUCUUUUCACUAAUAAAGGUUUAAAAA